ACGAAGGUCAGUCCGGAGUUAUCAGAGGGAAGUACCAAAGCGUCGGAUAAAAGAAGACGCUGAGCCACCAGCGGACAAGUCUGCAAGUGAUUAGCAGCCGCCGAACAUCUCCAGACUCAAAUGAUGGAGCUGCAUAUUAUCUACACACUGCUGCUAUUGGUAGCAGCUGCAGGAGCAGCACCUUACAGAACAGUGCCAGAUAGGACUACAUGCAUCAAAACUUACCAGAAGAUGGCAGCACUGCAAGCAUCCCAUAAUGGCAACCAAGAAGAUGACUUAUUCUGGCAGCAGAAUAGCCAGCAAUACAACUUUGAUCAAACACAACAGCAAAUUAGUAAAAAUUUACUCAUCUGUGAACAAUACUAUGGAAAAAUCUCCAAACAGUUUCACGAAGAGUACCAGAAUCAUCGCCGUGGUGAUAUUAUUCAGGAAACACAGGAACUCCACCGUUUAAACAAUGAAGCUCAACAAACACAUGAACAAAGAUCCACCAAUGGUGAUCAGGACGAACAACACUAUCAACAAACUAGCCAGCAGGGUUAUCCCGCUCAACUAGAACAACAAAGGUUUACAGACGAUGAUCAGCAACUGCAACAGGUACCACAAAUAAAUGAGUUACAACAGAUCCAGCAGACAAAUCAACAAGAGUAUCUGCCUAAUAUAGAACAAGAGGUGCAAAGCCAAAGAUUUACUGACAGUGAUCAAUAUCCACAAUUAGUGCAACAGGCAGAGGAUUUGGAUCAACAACAGCAGUUCCAACAAACUAGCCAGCAGGAUUAUCUUCCUCGACUGGAACAACAAUCAGGACGUCAGAGAUUUCCUGAUGACAGUCAGCAAGUGCAACAGGGGCCACAAACAGGUAACUUGCAAGAGCUAGAACAAAUUCAAUCAACAAGUCAACAAGAAUACCUACCACAGACAGAACAACAGUCACAACAACAAAGAUUCACUAACGAUGAUCAGCAUUUGCAACUAGUGCAACAGUCAGAUGACUUGGAUCAGCUACAACAGUUUCAUCAAACUAGCCAGCAGGAUUAUCUUCCUCAACUGGAACAACAAUCAGGACGUCAGAGAUUUCCUGAUGACAGUCAGCAAGUGCAACAGGGGCUACAAGCAGGUAACUUGCAAGAGCUAGAACAAAUCCAACAAACAAGUCAACAAGAGUACCUACCACAGACAGAACAACAGUCACAACAACAAAGAUUCACUAAUGAUGAUCAGCAUUUGCAACUAGUGCAACAGUCAGAUGACUUGGAUCAGCUACAACAGUUUCAUCAAACUAGCCAGCAGGAUUAUCUUCCUCGACUGGAACAACAAUCAGGACGUCAGAGAUUUACUGAUGAUAAUCAGCAAGUGCAACAGGGGCUACAAACAGGUAACUUGCAAGAGCUAGAACAAAUCCAACAAACAACUCAACAGGAGUACCUACCACAGACAGAGCAACAGUCACAACAACAAAGAUUAACUAACGAUGAUCAGCAUUUGCAACUGGUGCAACAAUCAGAUGACUUGGACCAGCUACAACAAUUUCAUCAGACUAGCCAGCAAGGUUAUCUUCCUAGACUGGAACAACAAUCAGGGCGACAGAGAUUUCCUGAUGACAGUCAGCAAGUGCAACAGGGGCUACAAACAGGUAACUUGCAAGAGCUAGAACAAAUCCAGCAAACAAGUCAACAAGAGUACCUACCACAGACAGAACAACAGUCACAACAACAAAGAUUCACUAAUGAUGAUCAGCAUUUGCAACUAGUGCAACAGUCAGAUGACUUGGAUCAGCUGCAACAGGUUCAUCAGACUAGCCAGCAGGAUUAUCUUCCUCGACUGGAACAACAAUCAGGACAACAGAGAUUUGCUGAUGACAGUCAGCAAGUGCAACAGGGGCUACAAACAGGUAACUUGCAAGAGCUAGAACAAAUCCAACAAACAACUCAACAAGAGUACCUACCACAGACAGAACAACAGUCACAACAACAAAGAUUCACUAACGAUGAUCAGCAUUUGCAACUAGUGCAACAGUCAGAUGACUUGGAUCAGCUACAACAGUUUCAUCAAACUAGCCAGCAGGAUAAUCUUCCUCGACUGGAACAACAAUCAGGGCGACAGAGAUUUCCUGAUGACAGUCAGCAAGUGCAACAGGGGCUACAAACAGGUAACUUGCAAGAGCUAGAACAAAUCCAACAAACAACUCAACAAGAGUACCUACCACAGACAGAACAACAGUCACAACAACAAAGAUUCACUAACGACGAUCAGCAUUUGCAACUAGUGCAGCAGUCAGAUGACUUGGAUCAGCUACAACAGUUUCAUCAAACUAGCCAGCAGGAUUAUCUUCCUCGACUGGAACAACAAUCAGGACGUCAGAGAUUUCCUGAUGACAGUCAGCAAGUGCAACAGGGGCUACAAACAGGUAACUUGCAAGAGCUAGAACAAAUCCAACAAACAAGUCAACAAGAGUACCUACCACAGACAGAACAACAGUCACAACAACAAAGAUUCACUAACGAUGAUCAGCAUUUGCAACUAGGGCAACAGUCAGAUGAUUUGGAUCAGCUACAACAGUUUCAUCAAACUAGCCAGCAGGAUUAUCUUCCUCGACUGGAACAGCAAUCAGGGCGACAGAGAUUUCCUGAUGACAGUCAGCAAGUGCAACAGGGGCUACAAACAGGUAACUUGCAAGAGCUAGAACAAAUCCAACAAACAAGUCAACAGGAGUACCUACCACAGACAGAGCAACAGUCAGAACAACAAAGAUUCACUAACGAUGAUCAGCAUUUGCAACUAGGGCAACAGUCAGAUGAUUUGGAUCAGCUACAACAGUUUCAUCAAACUAGCCAGCAGGAUUAUCUUCCUCGACUGGAACAACAAUCAGGACAACAGAGAUUUACUGAUGACAGUCAGCAACUGCAACAGGGGCCACAAACAGGUAAUUUGCAAGAGCUAGAACAAAUCCAACAAACAAGUCAACAAGAGUACCUACCACAGACAGAACAACAGUCACAACAACAAAGAUUCACAAACGAUGAUCAGCAUUUGCAACUAGUGCAGCAGUCAGAUGACUUGGAUCAGCUACAACAGUUUCAUCAAACUAGCCAGCAGGAUUAUCUUCCUCGACUGGAACAACAAUCAGGACGUCAGAGAUUUCCUGAUGACAGUCAGCAAGUGCAACAGGGGCUACAAACAGGUAACUUGCAAGAGCUAGAACAAAUCCAACAAACAAGUCAACAAGAGCACCUACCACAGACAGAACAACAGUCACAACAACAAAGAUUCAGUAACGAUGAUCAGCAUUUGCAACUAGGGCAACAGUCAGAUGAUUUGGAUCAGCUACAACAGUUUCAUCAAACUAGCCAGCAGGAUUAUCUUCCUCGACUGGAACAGCAAUCAGGACAACAGAGAUUUCCUGAUGACAGUCAGCAAGUGCAACAGGGGCUACAAACAGGUAACUUGCAAGAGCUAGAACAAAUCCAACAAACAAGUCAACAAGAGUACCUACCACAGACAGAACAACACUCACAACAACAUAGAUUCACUCACAAUGAUGAGCAUCUGCAACUAGUGCAACAGUCAGAUGACUUGGAUCAGCUACAACAGUUUCAACAAACUAACCAGGAGGAUUAUAUUGCUGGAUUGGAACAACAGGCACAACAGCAGAGAUUCAAUGAUGAUGAUCAACAUGGACAACAGGUUUCACAAAUAGAUGAUGUGCAACAGCUACAACAACUAAAUAAUCUGCAAAAAAUCCAAGAAGAAGAUGGGCUGCAACAUCAAGGAUUCACAAAUAAUCUUCAGCAGGUCCAUCAGCAGCACACUGAAGACGAUCUGCAUCAGGGGCACAAAAGAAGCCAACAACACUCAAGAAUACAGCAACAAUCAGUUCAGAGAAAUAGUUAUGUGCAUGAAUCCAAUCAGGACCAACAAGUAAAUGGAAGGCUGUCAGAGUUCGAAACCACACACCAGUCAGAAGCGAACAGUGAUUCAAAACUUGGAAGUGGUAGAGCCAGUGAGAUCAGUGAAACUGAAUCAGACUCUGUAUCUGAUCCUGUGACUGAAGCGCCUUCCUUCUGGGGAAAACUUAGCAAUAAAGCAGGAUCAAUAUAUACAAGUGUUAAGGAGAAAGGAAAGGAAGCUUUGAAUUCAGUAAAAGACACAGCAAAAUCUGCUUAUGAGAAAGUGAAAGAGACAUUUAACUGAAGAAGAUAUGUACUGAUACACUGCAUCAUUAUCACCACUGCCAUUAUUCUUAUAUAUACAUAAUUCCUAAAUAACUCUCAGUGAAGAAUCCCCAUGGGGCUGUAUUUUGUCAGCAAACAAAUUAGAUUUCCAUUUACAACAUCAUUCUACAAACUCAUUAAAUUCAUGGACUGUCAUCUUUCUCAUUUUGUACAUAUUUUUCUCAAGAUGCUUCAUGUUAUUGUACAUUUUUUAUUUAUUAAUGAGUGUAACAUACAUAAAUAACAUUUUUUUAAAUAAAAUGAAAAUAAAUAUAAA